AGCGCAAGUAUGAAGGGAAGGACCCUGAUUCGAAGAAGAUGAAGCAGGCGGCACCUACGGAGGGGACUGCUGCCCAGGCCGAUGUUGAGGAGGCUGUUGCCGUGGAUACUAGGCCACAAUCUACCUCCGAAGAGUCAACGGGAUGAGGUUACCAUUGUGCCCCCUCCUGAACAAGGUGGUAGGAGCCAAGGGGGUCCUAGGGGUCAGGUCAGGGGGAAGGAGCCAGCUGCUUCUCUUGAAUAUUUGUACACUCCCUGCUACGGGGUUUCUCGCGAGCAAUCUGUCUUCGAUGAUGCCAAUGUAGCUCCCGCCAUGGUGAUCGAAGGGGCUCUUCCAAAGGACAGGUCACACCUGUCAGGCAUGAAGUUUAGCUCUUUUCUUGAGAGAUGUUAUACGCAGCUGGCUGGGGAUCAAGCUGUGCUUGGUAAGGUUCUCGUUCGAGCUGAGCAGUAGCAUCAUAUAGGCAAAAAUUACAGAAGGAAGUCUAAGAAGGCUUAUCCUUGCUAAGACCAAUGAAUAUGUCGCAAACUCUCUGCCACCCUGAAGGAGGUUGAGAAGUCUUCUAUUGUGGCAACGACGACGAAGGCCCUAGCUGUGGAGGAAGAGUUAAAGGCUAAUAGGGGUGAGCUUCUUAAGCCGACUAAUACUAUUGAUACCCUAAAGAAGCAGUUGUUGAUCUUUCAGAAUAACAAUGCUAGACUUCAAGAGAGGGUGAAGAGGACCAUUGCCACGGCUGAACGGGAAGUCCUUAAUGCUGUGGGGAAAUAUAAGGUCACCAAGGAUAUCUAGAAGGAGAAGGCUGAGGCAGGGUUGAAUGCUAUUUGCUUGGGUUGUAUGUCCCUAUGGGAAGAGGUGGUGAAGGUUCAUCCGGAUUUUGAUUUCAGUAUGUUUUUGAAGGAGUGGUCUAAAAUCAAGGAGUUGAAACUCGACCAACAUGCUGCGGCCUCAUCAGUCCCUCAGCCCGAUGUCAUUUUACCUGUUGCCUCGUCUAGUGGAAAUGAGAAGACCAAGGUUGUUUCGACUGCUGAUGCGGUGAUCCCUCAAAAGGAACCGACCAUGGCAAGGAUGGGUCUGCAGCUAUUACUCCUUCCGAAGCUCUUCGUCAGGUAGCAUUUGAAGCAACCUGGUCAUGUACCUCCUCCUCCAAGCAAGAUCAUUCCUCCUUCAAGUGAGACUGCGUCCCUUAACACUUCUCCUAGUCGAACUGCUCCUCCAAGAUCAUUCCCAGCUUUUUUUUUUUUUUUUUUUUUUUUAACAAUCUAGCUUGCAGAAGAUGUUUUUUAGGUAAUAUUUACUAGUUUGGCACCCCUAUACAUGUAGAUUUCAAUAUAAUGAUGAAACUGCUAGAUUUUAGUUUCAAAUCCAAUUCUAACAGAGUCAGACCAUCCUUAGAAACUCUUUAUACAUGGUUAGAAAUUUCUAGAAAGGAUUGCUUGAAUUAAAUUUCCAAUGCUGCAUUUAAAGAGAGGAAGUUGCCUGUCUAAUCAGGUAUACAAUGUAGCCACCUAGCACUAGAAGAGUACCAUUCAUUUUUUUUUUUUUUUUUUUUUUUUUUAAAGAUAAGGAUAAUUGAUUAAGGAGAUAUGUUGGAUAAUAUUCCGUUCUUCAUCAAGCUGUCUAUUUUAUGUGUACUUAUUGUAGGAUAAUUUAUCUUUGUUUUACAUGUGUCAGAAAAUGUGUUCUACUUUUCACAGCCCUAAUAAAUUUCUGAAUCUUUGUAAAGAUAGAAUAAAUCAAAUUUCAAUACGCGCUGGGAUUGUAUGCCUUAACAAAGAAAUAACGAAACACGAAAAUGCAUUUCUAUUUCCGUCUUUUAAAGCUAAAUAUUUGGGAAAUAUUUCAUCCACUAGGCAUCAAUUUUAACUUUUCUU